UGCGUGCAGAUGGCUGCGGCGGCGUCGCUUGCCGGGAGGCUGCGGCCCUGACGGGACCUGGUACCCUCGGCCUGACCCGGCUCGGGUCGGGUCGUACCAGCCCGCCAUGGAGGUGUACAUCCCCUCCUUCCGCUACGAGGAGAGCGAGCUGGAGCGGGGCUAUACGGUCUUUAAAAUAGAGGUGUUAAUGAAUGGAAGAAAGCAUUUUGUGGAGAAGAGGUAUAGCGAGUUCCAUGCACUUCAUAAAAAGCUCAAAAAGUUCAUCAGAACUCCAGAGAUCCCUUCAAAGCAUGUGAGAAACUGGAUCCCCAAGGUCCUGGAGCAGCGACGGCAAGGCUUGGAGUUGUACUUGCAGACCAUCAUUUUAGAAAACGAAGAGCUCCCUAAAAUAUUUCUUGAUUUUCUGAACAUUCGCCAUGUACCUACUUUACCAAAAGCAGAAAGCUGUGGCUCUUUUGAUGAAACAGAAUCUGAAGAAUCAAGCAAACUGUCCCACCAGCCUGUGCUGCUGUUCCUAAGGGAUCCAUAUGUCUUGCCUAAAGCCAACGAUGACUUUCCAAACGUAGUUAUAGAAGGCAUUCUACAUGGAAUAUUUUAUCCUCAUUUACUACCGAGGUAGACGUGACGCAUGGCCAGAAGAAGCUGAAGCAAGUUUCCAAGUAAUUUUUAGUGGGGAAUGAACAGGAAUAAAAUUCUGUGAUGUGAAAAUUAUACUCAGAAGAAAGAGGCAUAGCCUCAGUUUAGUUUCAAGCAUUAUAUCUUCUUAAAUUAAAUCAAUGUCACUACAUUUGCUGCUUUAAAAACCAAAAGAUAUAGAAAUAACAGUAUUAAAAUUACUUAUACCUUCUAUAUAUUGACAUGCUGUACUUAAACACUAAAAGUCAUACACUGAAUUACACUAACCUUCUGCAGAGAAUCAUGCUGUUUGGAAAAGACCUUUAAGAUUGUUGAGUCCAACCAGCUUCUAACUCUUCCAAGACUGGUGCUAAACCUUUGAAUGAAAUUGAAUGCUUUACUAAUUAUUUAUGUGAUUUCUAUCAUAAGCUACACUAAACCUUUUUGCACCAGGAUGUUUUUCCCAGUACAUUAGCCAUUGCUGGCAGUGGAUGGAUGAAGAGUGAUGGCACUGAAGAAUGUGUCAGAAAUUGCUGAAGUAAUAAAAUUUAAAGCAAGGAGAAAGCAACAUGUUUUGUUAAUUUUUCUUAAAUUAUUUUGAAUCUGCUCCUUAAUAGCAGGUUGAAAAGAGCUGGUGCAGGUGUAUGGAGAGUAUUUAUUGGAAAGCAUGCUUCCACAUUCUGAAAUACAUCGCUUUCUCAGGAAAUUGUCUAGAUUUCAAUUGAAAUUAUUUUGUCUACAAGAUUUAACACAGCAUUUAUGCAUCUCCAUUUUAAAACACCUGAUCUGUGUGUUUUCAUAUGAACUUGCAGACUGUAUUCCUUAACAUGUCACAGAGCACACAGCUCUGUGGUAAGCUAAAGCAAGAAUAUGAUUAAGUAGUAAAAUAAUUAAAAAAUAAAACUGAUAUAUGGAUAUAUACACACACAUAUAUUUGUUCAGAUUUAACUGGAAUUUUUUAUGUGUGCUACUGGACAUUAGAAAAUAAAUUACUACAACCUAAAA